AGACGUUUAUUUUGUAACGUUAGCAGGAAAAGACGGAGGUAGUGAUUCAGCUUCUUGAUUGUCAUGGAGCGGCAUCGCCAACGACCCACAUUGCAUCCUCCGAUCCAAUGAGGUGACGCCGCGUUCCGGGCCCAACUGUGGAGAACAAGCCGGUGAUAAGAGGGAAGCAUAACUAUCCAAGUGAGCACUUAACAGUCUCAAGAAGCGUCCUGUGGAAAAGUGAGCGAGUCACUUGAGCCGAGCGGAAGUGGGCUCCUUGUUGCGGGCUGUGUCGCUGCUGAGGAAAGCUCAUCAUGUUGCAGGGGAAGCUGAUGUGGGCGUCUCUCUUCUGCCUAGUUGUGGCUAUGUUGCCGUCUCAAACAGCGUCUGUCGCGGUCAUGUCUGUUGACCUAGGCAGUGAGUGGAUGAAGAUGGCUAUCGUUAAACCGGGCGUGCCAAUGGAGAUUGUUCUGAACAAGGAGUCGAGGAGGAAAACGCCGGCUGUUGUCUGCCUUAAGGAAAAUGAAAGACUAUUUGGGGACAGUGCUCUGGGAGUGUCUGUGAAGAACCCUAAAACGGUCUACAGACAUCUGCAAAGUCUCAUCGGCAAAAAGUAUGACAACCCGCAGGUGGCGCUGUAUCAGAAACGCUUCCCUGAGCACCAGCUGCACGCAGAUCCUGCAAGAGACACCGUUUACUUCAAAUUCUCAGAAGAAGUUACGUACACGCCUGAGGAGCUCCUGGGCAUGAUCCUGAACUACUCCAGAGGGCUGGCUCAGGACUUUGCUGAGCAGCAAAUCAAAGAUGCCGUCAUCACCGUCCCAGCCUUCUUCAACCAAGCCGAGCGCAGGGCUGUCCUGCAGGCGGCACAGAUGGCCGGUCUUAAGGUCCUGCAGCUUAUCAACGACAACACCGCCACUGCCCUCAACUAUGGUGUCUUCAGGAGGAAAGACAUCGACAGCACUGCCAAGAAUGUCAUGUUCUAUGACAUGGGAUCCGGCAGUACGACCGCCACCAUUGUCACGUAUCAGACUGUAAAAACCAAAGAGUCUGGUACGCAGCCUCAGCUGCAGAUCCGAGGAGUCGGAUUCGACCGGGGUCUGGGUGGCUUUGAAAUGGACCUGCGUCUGCGCGACCACUUGGCCAAGCUCUUCAACGAGCAGAAGAAGAGCAAGAAAGAAGUGAGGGAGAACCCUCGGGCCAUGGCCAAGCUCCUCAAGGAGGCUCAGAGGCUGAAGACGGUACUCAGCGCCAACGUGGACUUCGUGGCCCAGGUGGAAGGUCUGAUGGACGACAUUGACUUCAAAGCCAAGGUCACUAGAGCCGAGUUUGAAGCUCUUUGUGCAGAUCUGUUUGAGAGAGUUGCCCGGCCGGUGCAAGAUGCCCUGACUGCAGCUGAGAUGACCAUGGACGAAAUCGAGCAGGUGAUCUUAGUGGGUGGCUCCACUCGUGUCCCUAAAGUUCAGGAGGUGCUUCUGAAGGCUGUGGGCAAGGAAGAACUGGGGAAGAACAUUAACGCCGACGAGGCAGCUGCCUUGGGCGCUGUGUACCAAGCUGCUUAUCUCAGCAAGGCCUUCAAGGUGACGCCUUUCCUGGUGCGAGAUGCCACUGUUUUCCCAAUCCAGGUGGAAUUCACCAGGGAGACUGAGGAAGACGGCGUGAAAACGCUCAAGCACAACAAGCGCGUCCUCUUCCAGCGCAUGGCGCCCUACCCCCAGCGCAAGGUCAUCACCUUCAACCGAUACAGCGACGACUUCUCCUUCGCCAUCAACUAUGGAGACCUGAGCUUCCUGACUCAGGAGGACCUCAGUGUCUUCGGCUCCCUCAACCUGACCACAGUCAAGCUGUCCGGGGUGGGGAGCAGCUUCCAGAAGCACUCUGAUGCAGAGUCCAAAGGCAUCAAGGCUCAUUUUAACAAGGAUGAAAGCGGAGUUCUCGUUCUUGAUCGGGUGGAGUCUGUGUUUGAGACCAUUGUGGAGGAGAAGGAGGAAGAAUCCACACUCACCAAGCUGGGCAACACCAUUUCUACCUUGUUUGGAGGAGGAGCACCAGAACCUGUUGCAAAUGUGACAGAACCCGUCCAGGAGGAGGAGGAAGUCCCGCCUGAGACUGGCACUGAGGGCAAAGAAGAAGGUAAAGAUGAGGCUCCCAAGGAGAACCAGGAGGAACCUGAGAAGAAGGCAGAGGAAGAGAAAGGACAAGAGAAGGCUGAGGAGUCGGAAACCAAGGGCGACGCCAAGGAGAACAAAGAGGGUGAGAAACCUGAAGGCCAAGCAGAAGAGAAGGAUGCGGAGAAAGCAAAGUCUCAGAAGAAGAGCAAGAUCUCAGUGGAAAUCACAGUGGACCUGCUGGUCCACGACAUCGUCGACCCCACAGCCGAGGACCUGACCUCGUCUCAGAAGAAGUUGCAGGAUUUAACCGACCGAGACUUGGCCAAACAUGAGCGCGAGAAGAUGCUCAACAGCCUGGAAGCUUUCAUCUUUGAGACUCAGGACAAGCUCUACCAGGACGAGUACUCCUUGGUGGUGACGGAGGAGGAGAAGGAGGCCAUCUCGGCCAAGCUGAGGGAGGCGUCCGAGUGGAUGGACGAAGACGGCUACUCGGCCACCACCAAGCAGCUGAAGGAGAAGCUGACCAAGCUCAAGAGUCUCUGCAAGGACAUGUUCUUCAGGGUGGAGGAGAGGCGCAAGUGGCCCGACCGCCUGGCGGCGCUCAACAGCAUGCUGAACACCUCCAGCUACUUCCUCAAAAGCGCCAAGCUGAUCCCAGAGGACGACCAGAUCUUCACAGAGGUGGAGCUCACUAUGCUGGAGAAGGUCAUCAAUGAGACGACGACAUGGAAGAAUGAGACGGUGGCCCAGCAGGACAAACUCUCUCCAACAGAACGUCCAGUCUUGUUGUCCAAGGAGAUCGAGGCCAAGCUGUCCCUGCUGGACCGGGAGGUCAACUACCUGCUCAACAAGGCCAAGUUUGCCAAACCCAAGCCCAAAGCCAAAGCCAAGAACGGCACCAGCUCGGAGAAAAGCAGCAAGUCCAACACCACAGAGGAAAAGGUGAUCCCACCCACAGAGGAGAGCGUGGAGCCCAAGAACGAAACUAUAGAAGAGGUUCCACCUGGAGAAGCUCCGCCCACCGAGGAGAAGAAAGAGUCCGACAGCCAAUCACAGCCCACGGAAGAGACAGCAACUACAGGUCGGUCUGAUGCCCCUUUCCCAGCUGAUGGCAGAGAACUUUAGGGUUCAACAGAAGAGACCAAACAAGAAAACCACAUAGGCGACGAGUUAUAACGCUGGAUGAAUAGAAGCAAAGAUAUUUAUUGACAGUCUGUAAAUGUUCAAGUUCCCGCUCAUGCUGUUUCCGUUUGGGUCCAGAACCCUUUUUUUUUUGUUUUGCUGAACUGCUGACUGGUCAAGGAAUCGGACCACUUUCCCCCGGUCAGCGCAGCAGAACCCGGUGAAGAGGUCAAGAUUAUCAUGAGGAUACAGCAGGAGGCAUGGAGGUGGACUUGUCUUAGUUUUUCUGCUCUGACCCAGACUGAUGCAAGAUGAAACCAUCUUGCAGACGCCCACUGAGAUUGUACAUGGUGGGACUGUUCCAAAAUCACUUGUCGCGUCAGGGGUUCGGGAUGUUGCCAAAACUGGCGACUAAAUGUGUGUGUGUGUGGUGUUGUGUCCCAUAAAACCACUUUCAAGUCUUUAUACAUUUGCUUUUAACUUCUUUUGUUUUUGCUGGGACUCUAUUCUGAAGUGACAACCAGUCAUCUGCCUCCUCCAGGUACCACUGGACCCACUCCACCUGUUGCUGUUUUGGUGAACUACAAGUCACUGCAGCACCAAUUUGUUUAGACUAACACAAGUUGUUUCUCUUUACAGUUGACUGACUUCAUGGUAGCUACCAAUGACAGUUUUUAUCAGGCAUCAGAACUAGUAAAACAUAAGACAGAGUUAGCGCUGUAGCUAACAAAACACGGUUAAUCCAGACGACUGCAGAUCUGUCCAUGAGUAGAUUUCCACUUCUACUCCUGCCAGAUCGAGUUACCAGAAUUAAGACACGUCAGAAAAGAAAAUCUGGAAGAAGAAAAAUCCACUUAUUUUGAAAACCAGCUUUAUAGUUGUCCAGUUCAAUUGUGCUUAUUCAGCAAAAAAAAAAGUGUCAAGACAGAAAUAUAAUUUUUGCCUCACAACGCCACCAUCCAAGUCUACUUGAAUUUGCUUCAUGGUUUCAACACAGCUCCCGUAAAAUAAAAAUCAUGUUUUUGGUGGCAUGAGUCGACGCGCUGCCGGGGUCAAGAACUCGUCUGAUGGAACUUGAUUUUAAUUUUGUUUGAAAAAUUGU